AAAUUAUUGUGAGGAGAAAAAAAUCCCACAAUUGGUUCAGACAUAUGACACCAGUUGAAGUAAAGUCAAAAAAGAAAGAGAGAAAAAAUGAGCAUGGGAAUCAUUGGACUUCGUCUCCACCAACGCUCCCUCUGUUCCCACUUUACCCCAAACCGUUACCAGUUACCACACUCACUCUUAGCUUAGCUCACUGCCUCACUCUUACUUUCAUUCUCAAACUUAAAACUCAUUCAUUAUAACAACAAUGUCAAGUUCCACUUCACUCUUCCUAACAUUUCUCACAACACUACUUCUUCUUCUUCUUCAUCUUCCCUUUUCUCAUGGAGAUUUUCACUACUUUCAAAUAUCCCCAACACCCUCUUCUUCAGGUUGGGAAUCAGAGAAGUUGUGGGGAAAAAGCCCCACAAUGUCGUUUGUGGAAGGACCCUUUAUGGCUCCUGUGGAGGAUUACUCGUCGGUUGUUUUAGCUGCUGAGCGAACACGCCGGAAAGAUCCACUUGAUGGGUUGAAGUUGUACACUAGAGGAUGGAAUAUUAGUGACCACCAUUACUGGGCUUCUGUAGGUUACACUGCAGUCCCAUUGUUUGCCAUUGCUGUCAUCUGGUUUUUGGGCUUUGGACUCUGCCUAUCUAUCAUAUUUCUAUGUUACUUUUGUUGUAAACAAAGAAGACCUUAUGGCUAUUCCCGGACAGCUUAUGCUCUUUCUCUUAUUUUCCUUGCACUCUUUACCAUCUUAGCAAUCAUAGGAUGUGUUGUGUUAUACACUGGCCAAGAGAAGUUUCAUCACAGUACAACUAGUACAUUGGAGUAUGUUGGAAAUCAGGCUGAUUUUACAGUUGGGAAACUAAGGAAUGUGUCUGAUUAUUUUGCUGCAGCUAAGCAACUAGGAGUGGAUCAAGUUUUUCUGCCUUCUAAUGUACAAUCCGACAUUGACCAAAUCGAAACAAAGAUCAAUUCUUCGGCGACCAACCUUGCAGACAUCACAAGAAAAAAAUCAGAAGACAUAAAGGAUCUCUUAGAUUCUGUGAGAUUGGCGCUCAUUGUUGUCGCUGCAAUCAUGCUAAUCUUGACAUUUUUAGGACUCUUGUUUUCAAUUUUUGGGAUGCAACUUCUGGUGUACAUCCUUGUGAUUACUGGGUGGAUACUAGUUACUGGAACCUUCAUUCUGUGUGGAACAUUCCUACUCCUCCACAAUGUGGCUGCAGAUACAUGUGUUGCUAUGAAUGAAUGGGCAGUGAACCCCACAGCUCACACUGCCUUAGAUGAAAUCUUGCCCUGUGUGGACAAGGCAACAGCUCAAGAAACAUCACUGAAAAGCAAAGAAGUCACUUGUCAACUCGUCGAUUUGAUCAACGAGGUCCUCACCAAUGUGUCGAACAUAAACUUCGCGCCAAACUUUGUUCCCCUUUACUUCAACCAGUCUGGUCCAUUGGUGCCACUCCUCUGCAACCCCUUCCAUCAUGACCUCUCUGAUCGAACUUGUACCGCUGGUGAAGUGGACUUGAAUAACGCUACUCAGGUGUGGGGGAGCUAUGUUUGCCAAGUUUCAGGGAGCGGGACAUGCACAACGACAGGUCGUUUGACCCCAACGUUCUACGAUCAAAUGAGUAGUGGAAUAAGCAUGAGUAUUGCCUUGAACAGUUACGGUCCUUUCCUUACUGAUCUACAAGAUUGCACCUUUGUGAGAGAGACUUUCAACGACAUAUAUUCUGAUCACUGCCCAUCUCUACGACGAUACACCAAAUGGAUAUACAUCGGUUUGGUCAUGGUUUCUACUGCAGUUAUGUUGUCCCUAGUCUUCUGGGUCAUCUACGGUAGAGAACGCCGUCAGCGUCUUUAUGCCACCACCACACAUGAUCAUUCAAUGCCUCACCCUCAUGUGGAAAUAGAAAAGGAUUGAUUGAUUAUUCACCCUCUUUUUUCUUAAUUUCUGGACUCAUUCUUUGCACUCAUGUUUUAAUUAUAUAAUUUAGGAAUUAAUCUGUGUUUUCUCACGUUAAUAUUUAUGUAUCAUAAAAUGUCAUCUUUAAUUUGUACUAUUGUUUAGAUUGUAUUAGUUGAAUCAUUGAUGGAUAUAUCUUUAUAUAUUAAAAGUGCCUAUCUAAC